GGGGCUGUUACAACUGAUAAAACAAAACGUCAAGAAGCACCACAACUACACUGUUAAACAACAGACUCUUCUCUAGAACAAAGAAAGAGAACUCACUUCAAAGAAGAUGGGCGAAAUGGAAGUUCCAGUCCAGUUAAAGGAAGAAGGUAACAAACAUUUCCAGGCAGGAGAAAUCGAUAAAGCCAUUGAGUGCUACACUAAAGCCCUAAAGACUUGCAAAGACAAGAAAACACUGGCUGUCAUUUAUAGGAACAGAUCAGCCUGUUUCCUGAAAAAGGAAAACUAUAACAAUGCAGCAUCAGAUGCCACUAAAGCUAUCGAUGUGGAUGCUGCAGACAUCAAAGCUCUGUACAGAAGAUGUCAAGCUCUUGAGAAGCUUGGCAAACUUGACAUGGCUUUUAAAGACGUCCAGAGAUGUGCAACAAUAGAGCCUAAAAAUAAGACUUUUCUGGAGACCCUCAGAAGACUUGGAGCUGAGAUUCAACAGAAGCUGAAAACAUCCUUCUCGACAGAUUCCAGAGUGCAGAAUAUGUUUGACAUCCUAUUUUCAGAUGAAUCAGAUAAGGAAAAAAGAGAAAAGGCUGCCAACAACCUGAUAGUCCUGGCCAGAGAAGACGCGGGUGCAGAGAGAAUAUUCCAGAACAACGGUGUGCCCUUACUAGUGCAGCUGAUUGACACUGGAAAACCCGAGAUGAUUCUGGCUGCCAUUCGGACUCUGUCAGGAAUGUGCACUGGCCACAGAGCAAGGGCAACUGCCAUCCUUCACAUGGUGGGACUGAACAAACUGUGCAGCAUCAUGGCUGUGGACAACGAGGAGAUUGCUUUGGCAACUGCAAACCUGUUCCAGUGCAUCAAUGACUCCCUAGCCGGAGCGGACAAGAGAAUUUAUGGCAAAGAAGAGGCUCUCGUGCUUGACUCCAGUAAGGAUUUGAAGGAUAUCUUACUCGCCUUACUGGAGAUGGUCGCGAGCAAGAAAGUGUCAGGACAUGGCCGAGACCAAGCUCUGAACCUCCUGACAAGAAAUGUGCCAAGAAAAAAUAAGAAAGAUACUGACAACUCUAGGAGCCUUUUCACAAUUGACCAUGGCCUGAAAAAGAUUCUGAAGGUUUGUGGUCAGGUUCCAGAUUUGCCAGAUCAGUUGCCAUUGACGGAAAACACACAGCUAAUUGCCAGCGUUCUCCUCAACAUGCUUUACGAUGACUUGCGUUGUGACCCUGAGAGAGAUAACUUCAGAGAUAUCUGUGAUGACUACAUUAAGAGCAAGUUUGACCCCAAUGACAUGGACAAAAACAUCCAUGCUAUCAAUACUCUGUCAGGACUCCUACAGGGGCCUUUCGAUGUGGGCAACGUCCUAGCGGGUCGUCAGGGUGUUAUGGAGAUGAUGGUGGCCCUUUGUGGAUCUGAACGUGAAGUGGAUCAGUUGGUGGCAGCAGAGGCCCUCAUUCAUGCUUCCACCAAAACAAGCAAAGCUUCGUUCUUCAUCAGCAAUGGUGUAACUCUGUUGAAGGAGAUGUACAAGAAAACUAAGAAUGAGAAGAUCAAGAUCAGAUCCCUGGUGGGUCUAUGUAAGCUGGGAUCUGCUGGAGGAGAUGAUUACAGCAUGAGACAAUUUGCUGAGGGUUCCACCGAGAAACUGGCCAAGCAGUGCAGAAAGUGGCUCUGCAACCCUACGCUUGAUGUGCGUACCAGGAAAUGGGCCAUUGAAGGUUUGGCUUAUCUUACCAACGAUGCUGAUGUGAAAGAUGACUUUGUUGAGGAUGAACCGUCCUUGAGGGCCAUGUUUGAACUCGCUAAGUCAAGAGAUAAGACCAUCCUGUAUGCUGUAGCCUGCACCCUGGUCAACUGCACCAACAGCUAUGAAAAGAAAGAGAUCAUCCCUGAGCUAGUACAGCUAGCAAAGUUCUCCAAACAACAUGUACCUGAGCAGCACCCUAAAGAUAAGAAGGACUUCAUUGAAAGGCGAGUGAAGAAGCUAUUGAAAGCUGGAAUCACAUCAGCUCUCACUGUCAUGGUCAAAGCUGAUAAUUCCAUCCUGACAGAUCAGUCUAAAGAGAUGCUUGCAAGAGUGUUCCUUGCAUUGGCCGAAGAUGUUAAAGAUCGUGGCACGAUUGUAGCCCAAGGUGGAGGAAAGGCCUUGAUUCCAUUAGCCCUGGAAGGAACUGACAAAGGCAAAGUAAAGGCCAGUCAUGCUCUAGCUAAGAUCGCUGCCGUCUCCAACCCUGAAAUUGCCUUCCCUGGCGAGAGGGUAUAUGAAGUUGUGCGACCAUUGGUUUCCUUGCUAAACACAGAACGAGAUGGAAUGGAAAACUUUGAAGCUCUACUGGGUCUCACAAAUCUUGCUGCCUUUAACGACAAACUUCGAGUGAAAAUUCUGAAGGAAAAAGCUCUUCCAGAGAUUGAGAACUACAUGUUUGAGGAACACGAUCAAAUCAGACAAGCUGCCACAGAGUGCAUGUGUAAUCUAGUUUGCUGCAAAGAGGUCCAAGACAGAUACCUGGAGGAUGGUAAUGAUAAACUCAAGCUUCUUGUUCUGCUCUGUAGUGAAGAUGAUGAGCAUUUACAGAAGGCCGCAGCGGGUGCACUGGCUAUGCUCACUGCCGCACAGAAGAAACUCGCUGUUAAGAUUACUAAAGUGACUGGGCAGUGGCUUGAGAUCAUGCAAAGAUUGUGUCUCCAUGACAACCCUCAAAUUCAGCACAGAGGUCUUGUGACUGUGUUUAACAUGCUGGAAGCUGAUGAUCAAAUAGCCAAGAAGCUGUUAGAGAGUGAAAUGCUGGAAAUCCUGACAUAUGUAGCAAAACUAGAGGACAAUCCAAAAAAGCAGGAGGCUAUUGACACAGCACGUUCCUGCCUGUCUAGAGCCAUGGAUAGUGGCCUAAUAAAGCCUUUCUCCAAUUAAAUCUGAAAAAAUAAAAAAUAAAAAAAAAGUAUAUAUAUAUAUAUAUAUAUAUAUAUAUAUAUAUAUAUAUAUAUAUAUAUAUAUAUAUAUAUAUAUAAUUGUGAUGUCUCAUUAGAAGAAAAGAGAAUGGUCUGCUUUCUGGGAAAGUGGAAAGACUGCAAACCAUUUGCAAUAUGUUUCAUUUUUUAAAUUUAAAAAGUAUUUUUUUUUUCAGAGUAUCUGUUUGUGUGGCUGUUUGAUUGAUUAGGGUCUUGUAUUUGGUAUUUAUUUAACAUGCUUGUUUCAUAUGUAGUGUAUUUGCACUUGUGAAAUUUUGAUUCACAGAUAAAAUAAAAACGUUUGUUUUUUUUUUGGAG